AUGAGACAAGACUACGACCCUAAAGACACAGCCAUAGUUAAAAGCAACCCAAGAAAAUACCCUACAAGUGUUACAGAAGGCGGAAAAACGGAAUUUGACGUCGUCGAAGAAGUGAAACGAAAAGAAACAGCAAACGUAUCUGGUCCAGGUGGUUCUAAUGUGCAGGGCAGUAAAGAUUCUGCUGACCGAAGUAGCUCUAGGACGAGUGGAUGGUAUCUAUGGUACAGAGAAAAUGGCAAGGGAGGAAGGCGGCAGUACCCAGAGGACCGAGUAGAAGUCCAGCCUCAAAGAUACCAAGGCUAUCAAGGACGUAGACCUUGUUACAGACGCAACUACGGCAGCCCACCAGUCAACAGAUAUUAUGAUAAGCGAGACAGAUGGGAAGGUCCAUGGCGACGAAGAGAAUUUGAUCGAGCUGGUUAUGGACGUGGAAAAGGAAGAAACGACCAUGACGUCAGAAUCUAA